AUGACCCUAGGCAAACGCAGACUGGAUGACUACCACGACGAACUUCCCCCUACGCUUCCACCAAAGCGACAGGCAGCCAUCCCCGACUCCGCCUCCGAGACAUCAGAUAUCGACGAGCCCAAGGAGAUCGCCCCUGCGACUGCUGGACCCUCCCGCCCCUCCCGUCCGGACUCGUUCAACACACCUACAGCAGCCGGAGGGCGUACAUCAGGGUUCGCCAGACCUCAGAGUAUCUUGCAUCCCAAAGCGGCGACAACGCCUAGCGUGGUUGCUUCAGUCGGAAGGGGAGGUAAGCUACAGUAUGAGGUAGCGAGCAGCCCGCAGGACGCAACAUACUACUGUGUGCAAUGGAGGAAGCCCCAAACGAAGAAGCAGCAUAAAACAUGGGACGGUGACGCCUUCAUUCGUAUGUCGGGCAAUAAGGUCGCGCUUCUGAAUGAAGAUGGAGGAGACCAUAUGGCUUCUGCAACGGUCGGUGGAGGUGAACCCAUGAACGGGACACCAAUGCGCAUCGGAUGCUAUGAGAUCGAAGUCGACCGGAAAGUCUCAUACGAUGAAUUCUGCAAAUCCACUUGCAUUCUCAACAAGAACACAGCCGUCAAGGCCAUACCAAACGCCUACUCCCCAGCCGCCUUCCCUAAGACUUUCAAAACCCCCACCAUGAUCAAGCCCGCGCGAAAGAUGCCAGGCUACCUCCCUGCUACUUCGACGGACGAGAAUGACAUGGUCACCGAGCCCGCUGGACCUUCCCGGGUCGUAGUUCCGCCCGUCAAGACAUACCAGCCCGUGCCUGCUCAGAGCUUCUACGCCGCGCCGCCCAAGAAGAUCGCCUCUAAGGUAGUCAUCGGGGGUGGGAGCGCCAAGGACCGGGAUCAGUGGGGAGGAGCUGUCUUCGACCCGAAGGCGGAGGGGGCCCUGGUGAUGCAGAGACCGUCGGAGGCGGAGGCGAAGAAGCGAGGCACCGAGCUCAACGACGUUGUUAUGGACCCUCUCUUGGCAGCAAAAAUGAGGGAUCAUCAAAGAGAAGGCGUCAAAUUCAUGUACUCUUGUGUUAUGGGCUUGACCGGUGCCGAAGCGAAUGGUUGUAUCCUCGCGGACGAGAUGGGUCUCGGUAAGACCUUGCAGACUAUCGCGUUGAUACACAUGCUUCUGCGCCAAUCCCCAUUCAGAAAUCAAGCAUCGAUCAUCGGCAAGGCGCUAAUUGUCUGCCCAGUAAGCUUGUGUGACAACUGGCGGAGGGAAUUCACUAAAUGGGUUCGUUCGCAAGACAUCGGUGUGAUCGUGGCAGAUGGAUCAGACCAGCAGAUCAAGACUUUCCUGAACUACAAGAGCCAGCACGUUUUGAUCAUAGGAUACGAAAGAUUACGCAAAUAUAUCAAAGCUUUAGCUUCGUGUCAGCCCCCAAUCGAUCUCAUCGUAUGCGAUGAAGGCCACAGGCUCAAGACCAAGGAGAACAAGACGACCAAAAUGUUUGACGCGCUGCGCACGACUCGGAGGAUCAUCCUGUCCGGAACCCCGGUGCAGAACGAUCUAGGCGAAUAUUGGGCGAUGGUUGAUUUCUGCUGUCCUGGCCUGCUCGGUACAUACAAGCAGUUCUUCAAGCACUAUGAGAAGCCUAUCACCCGGAGUCGAGAGGUCGGCGCUUCGACCGAGACCGUCGAGAACGGGAGGAUGAAAGCAGACGAGUUGGGUAAGCUCUCGAAAGAGUUCGUACUGCGCCGAACGGCCGAUGUUUUGAACAACUAUCUUCCGCCCAAGCACGAAUAUGUGCUGUUUGUCGCACCUUCGGAGCUUCAAAUCAAGGUGUACAACAGUAUCCUCUCGCCAAGUCUUGCUCAGUCGCUCGCCCGAGGAAGUGGAGCGGGUCAGCAGGGACUCGCGAUGAUUGACCUGCUGCGGAAGGUGUCGAAUACCCCUUUGCUGCUGCGCAAGAAAGACGAUGAAGGUUUCAAGAGCGGUGAUAUCGGAGACGCCACCGAAGCUGCACUCGAAGUCAUACCUCGAGACCUACACAUGCGGGACGUGACCGUCUCCGGCAAGCUCUCUCUCCUCGACCGUAUGCUGUUCGAGCUUCACAGCACCACCAAAGAGAAGGUUGUCGUCGUCUCAAACUGGACUGCUACACUCAACAUCAUCCAGGAGAUCGCCAAGAAACGCCAUUGGCCCUACAUGCGCCUCGACGGCUCUACCGCUGCCAAGGAGAGACAAGGUCUUGUGGACUCCUUCAACAGGGAGACCAGGGAUCAAAGCUUUAUCUUUCUGCUUAGUGCUAAGGCUGGAGGAGUGGGGCUGAACCUCAUCGGCGCGUCGCGAUUGAUACUUUUCGACAGUGACUGGAACCCGUCCACCGAUCUCCAGGCGAUGGCUCGUAUACAUCGUGACGGCCAGAGGAAGCCCGUCUUCAUCUAUCGACUUCUCACGACCAACACGAUCGACGAGAAGAUCUAUCAGCGCCAAAUUACCAAGACUGGCCUCUCGGACCAGAUGCUGGACCAGAAGCAGGGCAAGGAUAGCAAAGACUCCUUCUCGCCGGCGGAAUUGAAGGAUAUCUUCACCCUCAAAUUGACUACAGAUGGCUGUCAAACCCACGACUUGCUCCAAUGCGAUUGUCAGACCAGACCCGAGUCGGAUCCUUUGUCUGAGCGGGAGGAGAACCUGCCCAGUCCGGACAAGGCGAGUGCGUCGGACGAUGAGGAUGACGUACCUAAGGGGUUCGUCAACGCUUCUCAGUAUGACCCGACCCCCACCGCCAAGAUGGUCAAAAAGCAAGCCGUGGAACAGCAACAAAAGCUCGCCGCGCUCAAGGCAUGGACGCACUACGAUGGCUUGUCAUUCAAUUCGUACAAGACGCUAGCCGACCCCCUCCUCUACAAUACUAUCUACAGCCACUCUGCGCCAAAAGACGUUGCUAGCUCCCCGGCGGCCAUCGAGGACGUUUCCGACUCGGAAUUCGACCUCGGUGCGACCAAGAAGAAGGCGCCCGUCAGGCCGGCCACGGUCGACAGCGACGAUGACGAUGACACACGCGCCGACCGGGUGAUGGAUAGCGCUGGUGAGGAGGACGAGGCUGAGUUGUCUGAGGAAGAGGCGAAGGUGCAGAAGAAGGGCAAGGGCAAGGCGAAGGGGAAGAAGGUGAUCCCGGCGAGUUCGAGGGGUCUUGUCAGUCAAGACGCCAAGCAGUACUCGUUGGCCAAGAUCGCAAAGCAGGGCGGGACGGGGAGGGUCAUGUUUGCGUUCGAGAAGGUCAGCUCGAGCAAGUUGAUCACGAGCAGGGAGGGGAGUGUGGAGGUGGGGAAGCUGGCGAAGGAGGAUGAUUGA